UCUGGGAGAUGGCUGUAGGGGAGAGAGCCGGAAACAUCCGCACUGAACAGAUGGAAAGACUGAGUCCUAAGGGGAAGCCAUUGCUUUUUGCAGGUUAAUCUGUCGGGAGGAAAGAUAUAUUCAAGCGCAUGGGUGUUUUUUGUUUUGUUUUGCUUUGCUUUCCAAGUACAGCGGGAGGACUUGACAGGGGUGACAGAGGGAGCCGGUAUACAGCGUUGGGAAUUUAACAGGUCCGAGGUGGGGAGGUAGACAAGGUGGGAAGACCCCACACGAGGUCCGAGUAGGCACUUAGCACCUGAGCGACUUGGAGAUCCGAGAUUGAGCGCUAACCUGGCGCUGGAACCAUCCACCACUCCCGCAAAGGGGGUGGGGCCCGGGAGAGUGACAGAGGCAGUCGAGAUACGGAAACGCGGGCCCUCCAAGACGGGCCAGAGUGGCUCUAUCGGGCCAGCGUGGCGCCGUGGAGAGAUAGAGCGGCCGGCAGGAGGAGUAGAGUUGCAGAGGCCGGAGAGUGGCAGGAGGCGGGCUAGAGCGGCCAGAGGGAGGAGUGGAGCUGGACGCAAAGGUGGCCUCUGGCUCGGCUAGAGCGACUCUGCGGCGCGGGUGGGGGAACCUUGAGCUCAGGCGCGGAGGCUUCGGUUCCGGAGGCUGCUGUGGCUUCUCAUCCCAUCCGACAGCCCUGUGGAGGAGUCCCAGAGAUGGGAGAAGUUGCCGCAGCCGGAGGGGCGGCCCCAGGGCCUCCCCGGCCUGGCGUGAUGCCCGUCAGCAUCAUCGGAGCUGAGGAUGAGGACUUUGAGAAUGAGCUGGAGGCGAACUCGGAAGAUCAAAACAGCCAGUUCCAGAGCCUGGAGCAGGUAAAGCGACGCCCGGCCCAUCUCAUGGCCCUCCUGCAGCAUGUGGCCCUGCAGUUUGAGCCAGGACCCCUGCUCUGCUGCCUACAUGCGGACAUGCUGAGUUCCCUGGGCCCCAAAGAAGCCAAGAAGGCCUUCCUCGAUUUCUAUCACAGCUUCCUGGAGAAGACUGCGGUUCUGCGGGUGCCAGUUCCUCCCAACGUCGCUUUUGAACUUGACCGCACGAGGCCUGACCUCAUCUCUGAGGAUGUCCAGAAGAGGUUCAUGCAAGAAGUGGUGCAGAGCCAGCAAGCAGCCGUGAGCCGUCAGCUGGAGGACUUCCGCUCCAAGCGGCUCAUGGGCAUGACGCCCUGGGAGCAGGAGCUGAGCCUGCUGGAACCGUGGAUUGGGAAAGACCGCAGCAACUACGAGGCCCGGGAGCGGCACGUUGCAGAGCGGCUGCUCUCCCACCUGGAAGAGAUGCAACAUACCAUCUCUACAGAUGAAGAAAAGAGUGCCGCUGUGGUCACUGCCAUCAGCCUGUACAUGCGCCACCUUGGAGUUCGGACCAAGAGUGGGGACAAGAAGUCAGGGAGGAACUUCUUCCGGAAAAAGGUGAUGGGCAAUCGGCGGUCAGACGAACCCCCCAAGACAAAAAAGGGGCUGAGCAGUAUCCUAGACCCUGCUCGUUGGAACCGGGGAGAGCCACCUGCUCCAGAUUUUCGACAUCUAAAGGUCGAGGUUGAUGGUGAGAAGCCAGGCCCUACAGACCGGAAGGGAGGCCUGGGUAUGCCUUCUCGGGACAGGACUGUUGGGACUCCUGGGCAGGACAACCCAGGAGUCUCUCUGCACCCUCUGUCUGUGGACAGCCCUGACCACCGGGAACCUGGUGGGGAUACCCCCCAGGAGCUGGGGGACAUACUUCCACAAGGCCCUACAAGCCUGGAGCCCCUGGCAGCCCCAGAGAGCACGGAGGAGAAUGCAGAGACAGAGAGAAGGUGGAAGAGGUGGGUGCCUGGGCCCUGGGUGGGGGGAGGACCAGCCCUCCCCCAUCUCUCCCAGCCCCUCCCCCUCCCCAUGGCCACCUCCUCCCCUUCACCCCCUGUGAGGGGAGGGGUGGGUAGGCUAUCAGGGCGUCUGGGGCGCUCAGAGAGCCUGCGGGUGAGUGACCGCCGCCGACCUUCCCGGGGCAGCCUCGGGGCUAAGGGCCGGGGUGGGGGCCGCUCCCGGAGCGACGUGGACAUGGACCCCGGCUCCGCCACGGCCGUGCUUGGCCCUACCCGACGAGCCACCCCUGAGCCUGGAGAUGAUGGGGAGCAGGGACGGACAGGCCUGGAACUGGAACCAGAGGAACCUCCCGGCUGGAGGGAACUCGUGCCCCCAGACACCCUGCUCAGCCUGCCCAAAAGCCAAGUGAAGCGGCAAGAGGUCAUCAGCGAGCUGCUGGUGACGGAGGCAGCUCACGUGCGCAUGCUGCGGGUGCUCCAUGACCUCUUCUACCAGCCCAUGGCAGACGGGGGCUUCUUCCCUCUGGAGGAACUGCAGAACAUCUUCCCUAGCUUGGAUGAACUCAUUGAGGUGCACUCCCUGUUCCUCGAUCGCUUGAUGAAGCGGAGACAAGAGAGCGGCUACCUCAUUGAGGAGAUUGGCGAUGUGCUGCUGGCCCGGUUCGAUGGUGCUGAGGGCUCGUGGUUCCAGAAGAUCUCCUCCCGCUUCUGUAGCCGCCAGUCAUUCGCCUUAGAGCAACUCAAAGUCAAACAGCGCAAGGAGCCUCGGUUCUGUGCCUUUGUGCAGGAAGCUGAGAGCCGCCCUCGGUGCAGACGGCUGCAGUUAAAGGACAUGAUCCCCACUGAGAUGCAGCGGCUGACCAAGUACCCACUGCUGCUGCAGAGCAUCGGGCAGAACACAGAAGAGCCUGCGGAACGGGAGAAAGUGGACCGCGCAGAAGAGUGCUGCCGGGAGAUUCUGCACCAUGUCAACCAAGCCGUUCGUGACAUGGAGGAUCUGCUGAGACUCAAGGAUUACCAGAGGCGCCUGGACUUGACUCACCUACGCCAGAGCAGUGACCCCAUGCUGAGCGAGUUCAAGAACCUGGACAUCACUAAGAAGAAGUUGGUCCAUGAAGGUCCACUGACAUGGCGGGUAACCAAAGACAAGGCUAUAGAGGUCCACGUGCUACUGCUGGACGACCUGCUACUGCUGCUUCAGCGCCAGGAUGAGAAGCUGCUGCUCAAAUCACACAGCCGGACGCUCACACCCACGCCUGAUGGCAAGACCAUGCUGCGGCCUGUGCUCCGGCUCACCUCUGCCAUGACCCGAGAGGUGGCCACUGAUCACAAAGCUUUCUACGUCAUUUUUACCUGGGACCAGGAGGCCCAGAUAUAUGAGCUGGUGGCACAGACAUCGUCAGAGCGCAAGAACUGGUGUUCUCUCAUCACUGAGACUGCCGGAUCCCUAAAGGUCCCUGCCCCUACCUCCCGCCCCAAGCCCCGGCCCAGCCCAAGCAGCACCCGAGAACCCCUGCUCAGCAGCUCGGAGAAUGGCACUGGAGGCCGAGAGAUGCCUCCAGCUGAUGCCCGGACAGAGCGCAUUCUCAGCGAUCUCCUGCCCUUCUGCAGACCAGGCCCAGAGGGCCAGCUUGCUGCCACAGCCCUGCAGAAAGUGCUGUCCCUGAAACAGCUCCUGUUGCCUGCUGGGGAAGACGGUGGACUGGGGCCUCCCCAGGAUGGGGAUGGGGUGCCUGGUGGUGGUCCCCCAGGCCCAGCACAGAUUCAGGAGAACUUGCUCAGCCUAGAGGAGGCUGUCAAGCAGCUGGAGGAGUUAGAGGAAGAAUUUUGUCGCCUGAGAUCCCUCCUGUCUCAGCUUAGCGGAAUUUUGUCACCUAGCCUGGCUGUACCUGAGCGCUCUGUUCAGACAAGCCUUUCGUGAAGAGACCCCCGCGGCUGCCACAGCGUCUCACACCCCAGAGGCCUUGAGGAGAGGGAGACUGGCCACACUUGAUAGGGGACCUGCUGGAGUCCCUGCCUCCCACACUGGCCUCUGCCUUUCUCCCUCCUGCCUUUGCUUCGGGGCUCAGGGCUUCACCCCCAGAGUACCACCAUAAUCCCCAUUUUCCAGGCCAUCUCAGUAUUGCCUAUGGGGGGGUUACCCCUCCAUCCCCCCACCCCAAGUGCCUUUGCUCUGUUUUUAUACCCUGAAUGGAGGUUUAUUUUUAAUAUAUAUUAUCUAAGGAGA